AUGGUUAAUCCAAAUAUUCAAAGAAUUAAUCAAACUUUAAGAAAAGUAUUUCUUACAAACAAGACUAGAAAGAUCGAUUGGCGUUACUCACAGUUGAAGGCAGUCAAGAAGUUGGUCACUGAGAACAAGGAUGAGAUUACCAAGGCCGUAAAGAAGGAUCUCGGUAAGCCAGACUUUGAGAUUCAUCAGUCGGAGAUCGCCAUCAUCUUGGCCGAGGUCGACGAUGCCAUCAGCAAUCUCGAGUCGUGGUCAAAGCCAGAGAAGGUCUACAGUCCCAUCCACUUUAAGCCAUCGACUUCGCACAUCAUCAAGGAUCCACUCGGUGUCGCACUCAUCAUCUCGCCAUGGAACUAUCCAGUGAACUUGGCGUUGGUUCCACUGAUCGGUGCCAUCGCCGGAGGUAACUGCGCACUCCUGAAGCUCUCGCGUCACAGCGCAUCCACCGGUGAGCUGAUGUUCCGUCUCUUGAAUAAAUAUAUGGAUACCGACUGUUUCUCGUUCGACUACGAAGGUGGUGCACAAUACAUUACAGAUCUUCUCGAAUUCAAGUGGGAUCACAUCUUCUUCACUGGUUCCGUCAACGUCGGACGUAUCGUCUACCAAGCUGCUGCCAAAUUCCUCACUCCAGUCACCUUGGAACUCGGUGGUAAGAAUCCAUGUAUCGUUGACAAGAACAUCAACAUGAAGUUGGCUGCCAAAAAGAUUGUUUGGGGUAAAUGUUGGAAUGCUGGUCAAACAUGUAUUGGUUUGGAUUAUUUGUUGGUACACAAGUCGGUUUUGGAUGAGUUGUUGGAGGAAUGCAAGGCCGUUAUGAAGGAGUUCUUUGGUGAGGAUAUCAAGGCAAGCACUUCAUAUGCCCGUGUCAUCUCGAAGCAACACACCGAGAGACUGUCUAAGUUGUUCAACAAUGGAAAGGUUGUCAUUGGAGGUGACGCCGAUAUUGAAACCAACUACAUUUCACCGACUUUUAUUGUUGAACCAGAUUUAGAGUCACCAUUGAUGACCGAAGAGAUCUUUGGUCCAGUGUUACCAAUUAUCACCUAUGAGAACAUCGACGAAGCCAUCGAAUUCAUCCAGGGUCGUGCCAACCCAUUGACUCUCUACUUGUUCUCGCGUGACCAAGCCAUCCAAGACCGUGUCCUCGAGUCGACCCAAUCCGGAUCGGUCAUGUUCAACGACGUCUUGUUGCACUUUACCAAUCCACACCUUCCAUUCGGUGGUAGCGGUGAUUCCGGUAUCGGUGCAUACCACGGUAAAUUGACAUUCGACACCUUCACUCAUCGUAGAGCAUUGGUUAAAGGAACUACAAACAAGGAUACCAGUACGACUACUACUACUACUUCUACGUCGAUUAGCUCACCAAAGAGUGAUGUGAAAAAAUCAUUUUAUAGUAAUUCAUAUCUUUUCAUUUCAUUAAAAAAACUCCAGUGGUUAGAUAUCCCAUUAAAGUACCCACCCUACUCUGAUUUCGCCGAUAGUGUAGCUGGAAAAAUGAUUGGAUCUGGAUGUACAAUACACUAA